AUGGCUGAUCAUGAUGACAAUCCGCCCAUGCGGCGUCGCGCUCCCACAAUCACUAUUGAUACCACUGCUGUCAAUACUAAUACUUCUACCGAUCCUCCUCAAGAAUCACAACCACCCAAUCUACAAGACGACGCAGUCAGCCCUACAACAACAGCUGAUCCCGCAGCAACCGCAGGCAUGUCGCAACGACCUUCGCGACCUGAAGUCAACACUUCUUUGAACUUUGAAAACAGGGAUAGCAGACCAACCAGUCCUCAUAAUGUUUCUAGUCCAGUAUUAUCGAGGUCAGGCGACAAGGGUGCUGGAUUUCUGUCUGUGCCUAUUAACCACCGAUCACGACAAAACUCCGUCGACUCUGACGUAUCAUCGCAUGGCGAUACCACUGUUGUAGCAUCCAACUCAACACAAAACGAGACGCUCAAAGGUUCUGAUUAUGACCAUAACAAGAUCAUUAAUGACGAGACCGCCCUGAAGCCAGACACUGGUACUGAGCAAGAUUUCGAGGUGGAAAACAAUCCCUUUGCUUUUGCACCUGGCCAACUCAACAAAAUGUUCAACCCAAAAAGUCUUUCUGCCUUUUAUAAGUUGGGUGGCAUUGAUGGUAUAGAAAAGGGUUUGCGAUCGGAUCGAAAGGCCGGAUUGAGUGUCGAAGAAAAGAGUCUAGGUGGACAAAUAUCAUUUGAGGACGCCACAUCUAAGAAGCAGACUCCUCACAAAGAUAUUUCAAAUACGCAAACAGGCGACAGUUUUGCCGACCGACUCCGUGUUUACAAGGACAACCGACUACCCGAGAAGAAGGGCAAGAGCCUUUUGCAGCUUAUGUGGAUCACAUACAACGACAAGGUCCUGAUUCUACUGUCCAUCGCUGCUGUUGUCAGUCUUGCAGUUGGCCUGUACCAGACCUUUGGCGGAGAGCACAAGGACGGUGAACCCAAGGUUGAAUGGGUCGAAGGUGUUGCGAUUAUUGUCGCCAUCGCCAUCGUUGUCAUUGUUGGAUCUUUGAAUGAUUACCAAAAGGAACGUCAAUUCACGAAACUGAACAAAAAGAAACAGGACCGCUUGGUUAAAGUCAUUCGUUCAGGAAAGACGAUCGAGUUGUCUGUUUUUGAUAUUUUGGCCGGCGAUGUGGUUCACCUUGAACCUGGAGAUCUGGUGCCGGUUGAUGGAAUUCUUAUCGAAGGUUUCAACGUCAAAUGCGACGAAUCGCAGGCCACUGGAGAGUCCGACAUCAUUCGAAAACAAUCUGCCGAAGUCGUUUACAACGCCAUUGAGAACCGUGACAAUCUCAAGAAGAUGGACCCUUUUAUUCAAUCAGGAGCCCGUAUCAUGGAAGGUGUCGGCACUUACAUGGCGACUUCCGUUGGUGUUUACUCUUCUUAUGGCAAAACUCUCAUGUCAUUGAACGAGGACCCUGAGAUGACUCCUCUGCAAGCGAAGCUGAAUGUCAUCGCUACUUACAUUGCCAAGCUUGGUAGUGCUGCAGGUCUUCUACUCUUCAUCGUUCUGUUCAUCAAGUUUCUUGUCGGCCUACCCAAGAUGCCUCCAUCUGUCUCACCUGCCCAAAAAGGACAACAGUUUCUUAACAUUUUUAUUGUUGUCGUUACCAUCAUUGUGGUGGCUGUUCCCGAGGGACUGCCACUUGCUGUGACGUUGGCUUUGGCUUUCGCGACAACCCGUAUGCUUCGAGAUGCGAACUUGGUGCGACAUCUCAAGGCCUGUGAGGUCAUGGGCAAUGCGUCAACCAUUUGCUCUGACAAGACCGGCACACUGACCCAGAAUAAGAUGCAAGUCGUUUCUGGAACCAUCGGAACAAGUCUACGAUUUGGCGGCUCACAGCGCGGAGAUGAUAGCAAUGCCUCCACCCCUGUGGACACAAGUGGUGAUAUCAGCAUCGGUGAAUUUGCCAAGAUGCUUAGCAAACCUGUCAAGGAUAUUCUUCUCAAGUCUAUUGCCCUCAACUCGACUGCUUUUGAGGGUGAGGUCGAUGGUGAAAAGACGUUUAUUGGAUCCAAGACCGAAACGGCGCUGCUUAUUCUCGCCAAAUCCCAUCUCGGCAUGGGUCCCGUGAGUGAAGAGCGCGAGAACGCAAAGGUCUUGCAGCUUAUUCCCUUCGAUUCUGGCCGCAAGUGCAUGGGCAUCAUCUGCCAGGGUCCCAACGGCAGUGCCCGUCUCUACAUCAAGGGUGCCUCCGAAAUUAUCCUUUCCAAGUGCACACAGGUUUUCCGCGAUCCUGCCAACGACGACUCACUUGCUUCUAUGUCUGACGAUAACAUCGAAACUGUCAAGCACCUCAUUGAGAGUUAUGCGAGAAGAUCUCUCCGAACAAUCGGUAUUUGUUACAAGGAUUUUCCCUCAUGGCCUCCUAAGAAUGUCGGCCAUGUUGAUGGUGGUAAGGAGGUUGUUUUCGAGGAUAUCUUCACGGAUAUGGCUUUUGUUGGCGUUGUCGGUAUCCAGGAUCCCCUCCGAGAGGGAGUUCCGGAGGCCGUAAAACUCUGCCAGGGGGCCGGCGUCACUGUUCGCAUGGUCACUGGUGACAACAAGAUUACAGCUGAAGCUAUCGCAAAGGAAUGCGGUAUCAUACAGCCCAACUCUAUUGUCAUGGAGGGGCCUGAAUUCCGAAACCUCUCUAAGCUCCAGCAAGAAGAGAUUAUCCCUCGCCUGCACGUAUUGGCACGAUCGUCCCCUGAAGACAAGCGAAUCCUUGUUAAGAGACUCAAGGACAAGAACGAGACCGUUGCUGUUACCGGUGACGGCACCAACGAUGCGCCCGCUCUCAAAAUGGCCGAUGUUGGCUUCUCAAUGGGUAUCGCCGGUACAGAGGUUGCAAAGGAAGCUUCGGCUAUCAUUCUUAUGGACGACAACUUCAACAGUAUUGUCAAGGCCCUGAAAUGGGGUCGCGCAGUCAAUGACGCAGUCAAGCGAUUCCUACAAUUCCAGCUUACAGUCAACGUCACAGCUGUUAUCCUGACCUUUGUUACCGCUGUUUCCAAUGAUGAAGAGUCGUCAGUCUUGACGGCCGUGCAACUUCUCUGGGUCAACCUGAUUAUGGACACCCUCGCCGCUCUGGCUCUUGCUACUGAUCCUCCCCACGACAGCGUUCUCGACCGAAAGCCUGAGCCCAAGGGAUCGAGCAUCAUUUCCGUCACCAUGUGGAAGAUGAUCUUCGGACAAUCGGUGUACCAGCUUGCUAUCACUUUCCUUCUGUACUACGGUGGUUCCAAAGGCAUUCUACCAACAAAGAACACUCCUUCAGACGCCGAGAUCAAGACGCUUGUUUUCAACACUUUCGUCUGGAUGCAGAUCUUCAACCAAUGGAAUAACCGCCGCCUGGACAACAAGUUUAACAUCUUCGAGGGUCUCACUAAGAACUGGUUUUUCAUCAGUAUCAGUGCCAUUAUGUGUGGUGGACAAGUCCUUAUCAUCUUUGUCGGUGGUGCGGCUUUCCAGAUCGCCAAGGAGAAGCAAAGUGGAACUCUCUGGGCUAUUGCCCUUGUGCUUGGUUUCCUCUCCAUCCCUGUUGGUAUCCUUAUCCGCUUGAUCCCCGACCAUUUCAUGCUGCUUUUGGUUCCCGAGUUUUUGAAGCAGCGAGCCAAGAGGGUCCCUGGCCUCACAAUCUCUGAUGAAGAAAUGAGCAUGUACCCAGAGCCGUUGGCGGACGUCCGCGACGAGCUCAACUUUAUGCGCCGCAUGAAGGGAGGUCGACUGAACAACCUCAAGUUUGCCAUCCAGCAUCCCAAGGAGGCGGUCGAGAUGGUGAGGUCUAGAAGUCCUUCCCGUUCUCGAUCUGGCUCUGUCAAUGCACCACAGACGCCAACACAGGAGAACCCCUUUGAAGGGACACCGAUUGGAACGCCUAAUUCAGCGAGAACUCGAUCGACGAGAUCGCGGUCCAACUCUGCACUCGGAGCGCCUACAGUGAUGGCGGGUAUCGUGGCAGCGGGUGUAGCGGCUGGUUGGCAACCAAAAAUGAGACCAGAUGAUGAUGCAGACAACAACGAUGCGCAAAAGUAG